ACCCUCCGCCCCGCGCUCGCCUAACGCAGGCACCGGCCGGCGGGCGCGGGGAGCGGGACACCGCUGGCGCUCGCCUCAGCGGAGCCGCCCCCUGGCCGCAGCCGCCGGCCACGCACUGCCCAACCCGCACCACCCGGACUCCAGCCACCCUGCUGCCCGCAUCCAGUGCGCCGCGGCAGCCCGAGCCGGGACGCCGGCCCCAGCGCCCCGCAGACGGGCAGGCGACGGUGGACGUCCGGCCAACAGCCUGAAGCAUGGAUUCGGAUUCCGGGGAACAGAGCGAGGGGGAGCCCGUGACCGCCGCAGGUGCUCUCAUGGGCUUCCCCUACCCACCUAGUGGGGAUCAUCCAGACUCUGUCCUCAGCCCUCUUCCCGCUCAUCAAUGACCUGACUUCAGCUCCCUCUUUCUCUGGUGCCUCCACCCAUCACCAUCCUCUCCUAUGGGCCCCACCUGGACAUGAAGAAGUGUGGACAGGUUCUGAUGUGUUUAGUUCAAAGAGUCUUGCCAUUCAAGCCCAGAAGAAGAUUCUGAGCAAAAUAGCAAGCAAAACUGUGGUCAACAUGUUGAUUGACGACACCAGCAGUGAGAUCUUUGAUGAGCUCUACAAAGUCACCAAAGAGCACACCCACAACAAGAAGGAAGCCCACAAGAUAAUGAAAGACUUAAUCAAGGUGGCAAUCAAAAUUGGGAUUCUCUAUAGGAACAACCAGUUCAAUCAGGAAGAGGUUGUUAUUGUAGAGAAGUUCCGGAAGAAGUUGAACCAGACCGCCAUGACUAUGGUCAGCUUCUAUGAGGUAGAAUACACUUUUGAUAAGAACGUGCUCUCCAAGCUCCUGCAUGAGUGCAAGGAACUGGUUCAUGAACUGGUGCAGCGGCACCUGACGCCCAGGACCCAUGGGCGCAUCAACCAUGUCUUCAACCACUUUGCUGAUGUGGAGUUCCUAUCCACCCUCUAUAGUCUAGAUGGAGACUGUAGGCCCAACCUCAAGAGGAUUUGUGAAGGAAUCAAUAAAUUACUAGAUGAAAAAGUCCUUUGAAUGGCUACUCUCCUCCUGGACUUUGCUGCUUUAAAGUUACAACAUACAACAUGGUCCAGGUGAGAAUCAAGAAAACAAGCAGAAACCCUUGUCAAAGAUGUCCAUGUUCUGUCCUAUUCAUCCUUCUAAUGCUGACGCUGAACUGAGCUCAGGUGUGUUUACUCCGUAGCUCUCUGAUGAGGUCUGUACUUUAAAUUGCCUGUGUGUGCAAGCCCAAAGGACAGUUCAUUUAUUCUAAGCAAAAAGGCUGCUUUGCUCAUAAUGAUGAGCUCAGUUCAUCUUAGAGUGGAAGGAGCCCUGGACCAGGAGCCAGAGGACAUGAAUUCACUUAUCACCUCUCCCAGUUACAACUCUGUCCUCUGUGUUCUGGAGUCAUGAUGCCUGUCUGCCUACCUCACAGGGCUCUUGUGAGGAUCAAAUGAGAUGAUGUAUGGUCAUACUAAUGUGGAAAAGUCUAAUGUAAGAUCUUAAUAUUUUCUCUCUGAGUGUGAAAGGGAUAAACCUAGGUCUAGAUUGUUUAGCAGCAUUAAAAAUGGGUCAGGCUUGAAUCUCUCUCUAAAUAUGCUACUUCAAACAAAAUAAAAUAAAAUCCAAAGGUGUGAAAAGUUUUGUUUAAAA